AUGGCUGAGGCCAGGGCCGGUAACAUGGACAUUUUGGAGUGUCCUAUUUGCUUUUAUCUUCUGAAUGACCCGGUGGCUCUUACCUGUGGGCACAGCUACUGUUUACGCUGUAUUGAGAACUGCUGGGAUAAGGGCGUUUACAGCUGCCCUGAAUGCAGCCAGACUUUUGCUCAACGACCUGUUUUGAACAAGAACAUUAUACUUGCUGAGCUCGCAGAUCAAAAGAAGAAGAGCAGAAUACAAACAGCAUCUUCUGAAUGUGCUGCUGCUGGACCUGGAGAAGUGGAGUGUGACAUCUGCACUGGGAGAAAACUCAAAGCUGUCAAGUCCUGUCUGGAGUGUCUGAUGUCGCACUGUGAAACUCAUUUAAAAACCCAUGAUGAACUUCAUGGUAAAAACCACACCGUGAUCGAUGCCACUGGCCAGCUCCAGGAGUGGAUCUGCCCUCGUCAUAACAAGAGCUGCAUCUGCUAUCUGUGUAUGGUGGACUAUCAUAAAGGCCACGACACAAUCUCGGCUACGACAGAGUGGAGUCAUAAAAAGGAGGAGUUGGGGCAGAGCCAGAGGAGAUGCCAGCAGAUAAUCCAGUUGAAGGAGAAGGAGCUGCAGGAGCUGAGGAAGGCUGUGGAGACUCUCAAGUCAGAUGCACAGACAGCAGUGAAGGAGAGCGAGAGGAUGUUAACUGAGAUGAUCCACUCCAUUGAGAGAAGGUGCUCUGAGGUGACAGAGCUGAUCAGAGCUCAGGAGAAGGCUGAGGUGAGUCGAGCUGAAGGACUCCUGAAGCGACUGGAGCAGGAGAUUGCUGAGCUGAAGAGGACAGAUGCUGAGAUAAGGCAGCUUUCACAGACACAGGAUCCUAUUCAUUUCCUUAAGAAAUUGGUGUCCAUUGAUGGAGAUUCAUGCAGUGAUGAGACCAGAAGGACCUUCAGCCAAAGCCACUUCUUUGAGCCCCUGAAGGAAUCUGUGUCCGCGUUGAAGAUGCAGCUGGUGGAGAAAAUAGAGUCAGUCUUCAAGCAGGAAAUAGUCAAGAUAUCUGCAGCAGCAACUAAAGCACAGAUCACAACAAAUGCUGAUCCUGAACUCCCAGUCAGAACAGAAGAUGGAGAUGCUCAUGACGGUUUGGCUAUUGUGUAG